AACAAAGAGAGACAUGCAAGCCGAGGAAUGCAACAAAUAGGAGAAGAGCAGAUGACAUAGUUAGACAGCAGACACGUAAGUCCUUUCCCACGUGACGUUCCUUAUUUGCCUCAACUUCGGCCUGCCCUUUACAUCACUCUUUUCGAAUUUGUUGCCCCUCAUCUUUUUAUCUUCCUAUAAACGAAAGUAGUCUCACAAGUGAACAAGAAUAAUCCUUUUGGCUGCCUACGAUAUGAAGUAAGGUGAUUAAGCAACCCCAACUCCAAAGCAAAGAAUUCUUUCUUUUUUUCUCGUUUGAUCUUCUCUAUCGUCAUCAACAAUACUGAACCCAAAGAUGGCGGACGGAGGAGUGUCGAGAGAAACACAAAUGUCGAUAGAAGCGUCGACCAUGUUUCCAGGGUUCCGGUUUUCUCCGACGGACGUGGAGUUGAUAUCUUAUUACUUGAGGAAAAAGAUGGAGGGCUCUGAAAAAUGCGUUGAAGUUAUUCCCGAAGUUGAGAUUUGCAGACAUGAGCCCUGGGAUUUACCUGGGAAAUCUGUAAUCCGAUCAGAGAAUGAAUGGUUCUUCUUUUCGGCUCGGGGAAGAAAAUAUCCCAACGGCACGCAGAGUAAGAGGGCAACGGAGCUGGGUUACUGGAAGGCCACCGGCAAAGAGAGGAAUGUAAAGUCCGGCUCCGAUGUGAUCGGUACUAAGAGAACUCUGGUGUUCCAUAUUGGCCGUGCCCCUAAAGGCGAAAGGACUGAAUGGAUUAUGCAUGAAUAUUGCAUGUAUGGCAAAAACCAGGACUCUCUUGUUGUUUGUCGGCUGCGUAGGAAUGCAGAUUUUCGAUUGAAUGAUAAUUCAAACAAGAAAACAAGGCAGGUUGCCGCUUCUGAUGGUGGAAUAGACAUAUCGAAAGCAGCUGCAUUCUCCAGAAUAAAGUGCAGUAGCAGUUACGAUUCUCAUUCUACUGAUUCCACAAAUGAGUCGGAACAUAAACUAUCAAACGAUACUCCUGUGGCAGAGUCAUCCUGCCAUUAUCUCCAAGAGGAUUCUGAUAAAGAAGAAGAAGACGAUUUUUAUGCUGAUAUACUGAAAGAUGACAUAAUUAAACUGGAUGAAACUCCGUUUGCUGCCACUGCAGAGUUCCUUCCAUUGAUUGCCAGUAUGGCUGAGGCGCAGGUGCAUGCGCAAGUCCGAAGGCUUCCUCCCAUUCCUUCCCAAGGAAUCACCAACAGAAGAAUCAAAUUACACAAGCCGGAGGAAAGAGGAGAAGAGGCAACCAAAUUACCAAGGGUAGAGGAUCGGGCAAAAUGUGUGGUGGAUAGCGUGUGGAUUAGAAUGGGAAUUCGAAGGAGGAUCAUGUUUGUAAUAGUUGCGAGUCUGGCAGUAAUGGUGGUGUUGUUUGCGGCUGUAUCAGGCGGUUUCGGAUAUGUGAAGAGAAGCGGUUUCGGAUUGGUUAAGAGAAAAAUGAAUGCAAAACUGUACGAUUCCUUGUGGGAUUGAUGGUGCUGUUUUUUCAAAAUUAAGAAAGAUUUUUAGUAAUACAUUACGGGUUUGGUUUUUUAUUUCUUUGUAUCUUAGGGAGCAUGUUUUUGCAAUCACCAAGUUUUGUUGGGUCCUUGUCGAUGUGAUGGCCAAGGUUAAACUAUUUCUACAGAACCUGCCAUACACUAGCCAAUAUAAUUAACUAUGUUGGUGUGUUUACUUCCA